AUGGCAUCAAAUGGCAUACCAGUUCACACCAAGGGGGCUACGGUCCCCUUCUUCAUCAACGGCAAGGACGUAGUGGCGGACAAGACCUUCGACGUCGUCAACCCAGCAACAGGCAAGGCCGUCCACAAGAGCAGCAGCGCGACCGAGGCCGACGCGCAGGCCGCCGUGGACGCCGCGGCCAAGGCGCUGCCCGGAUGGAAGGCACUGGUGCCGACCAAGCGGCGCGAGGUCUUCCUCAAGGCCGCCGACAUCCUGGAGAAGCGGCGGGACGACCUGGCGACCACCAUGGUCGAGGAGACGGGCGUGCCGAGGCCGUGGGCCGACUUCAACCUUGGCGUCACCAAGGACCUCAUCCUGGACGUCGCGGGGAGGCUCGUCACCAUCGAGGGCUCCAUCCCCACGCCCCAGGACCCCAACACGGGCGCCCUCGUGCUGAAGGAGCCGUUUGGCGUCGUGCUGGCCAUCGCGCCCUGGAACGCCCCCUACAUUCUCGGGGCCCGCUCUGUUAUCUUCCCCAUCGCCGCUGGUAACACGGCGGUCUUCAAGGCCAGCGAGCUGAGCCCCAAGACCCACUGGGGCAUCUGCUCCGUCUUCGCCGAGGCUGGCCUGCCGGCUGGUGUGCUCAACAUGAUCGCCCACGAGCCCGCCAACGCGGCCGCCAUCACCAGCAAGCUCAUCGCGAACGAGCACAUCAAGAAGAUCAACUUCACCGGCUCCACGGGGGUGGGCCGAAUCAUCGGCAAGCUGGCCGGCGAGCAGCUCAAGCCCGUGCUGCUCGAGCUGGGCGGCAAGGCCCCCGCCAUCGUGUGGGAGGACGCGGACCUGGACCUGGCCGCGGACCAGUGCGCGCUGGGCGCGUUCCUGAAUUCGGGGCAGAUCUGCAUGUCCACCGAGCGGGUGAUCGUGCACAAGGCCGUCAAGGACGAGUUCGAGAAGAAGUUCCUCGCCAGCAUCAACAAGUUCUUCCCGUCCAGCGGCGACGCGCCCGUGCUCAUCACCCAGCCGGCGGCCGAGAAGACCAAGAGGCUGCUCAAGGACGCCAAGGACAAGGGCGCCACGCUGCUGAACGGCGACUACGAGGCGCACGAGUCGACGCCAACCCGCCUGCGGCCCAUCGUCGUCAAGGGCAUCAAGGAGGACAUGGACCUGUACAAGACCGAGUCCUUCGGCCCAACCGUGGCGCUGUACGAGGUCGACAGCGAGGAGGAGGCGCUGCGCCUCGCCAAUGACACCGAGUAUGGCUUGUCGUCGGCCGUCUUCACCGAGGACCUCAGGAGGGGGCUAAGGUUCGCCAAGGGGAUCGAGACCGGGGCCUGCCAUAUCAACUCGAUGAGCGUCCACGACGAGUCCGCCCUCCCGCAUGGUGGCGCCAAGAGCUCCGGCUACGGGAGGUUCAACUCCAGUGGCCUGGACGAGUGGGUGCGGACGAAGACAAUUACCUACAGGCACUAG